UUCACAUCCCUCAUUCAGUUGUGUACGAGUUGUGCCACACACCUUGUAAGCAUCUUCGCAAAGAGCAAGCAUCUCUCUCUCUCUCUCUCUCUCUCUCUCUCUCUCUCUCUCUCUCUCUCUCUCUCUCUCUCUCUCUCUCUCUCUCUCUCUCUCGUAUGAGCAGAUGAUGAGCUCCGGUAAGCAAGAAGGGCCCAAGCUGUUCAGCUCGAGGAUCCUCUCAAGGGAUCGCUCAAACGUGGCCAACGCAUCCUUCAGGGUGUACUACAGCCUCGGCACCGGGACCGUGCCUUUCUUGUGGGAGUCCAAGCCCGGCACGCCCAAGAGCUCCGUCACACCGGCCUCGGCCGCCACCGCCAUGCCGCCGAUCUCACCGCCACCGUCGUACCAAUCCAUGUCUCAAUCCAAGGCCAGAAAUUGCAGGAGGAGGUCAGCUUCUUGGCCUGCCGGAGGUUGGGUCAGCUGGCUGAUCCUGAACAUCAGGAGGCGGUCACCACCGUCAUCGCCGACGGAUCACCAGCAACGUUGGCUUGCCCAGGACCACGGCGCCGGCGACGAGCGGCGGUCAUGGCGUUCCACCUUGUGCUUCUGAUCAGCUGGUCUCAAUUGAUUGGUGAAUUAGUUGUCUUGUCCUAUGUGCGGUGUUAAUGGAGUUCUGUUAGAUAUUACAGUGACAUGAUCUGGUUGGUGUUCGUACGUGCUGGAUUUCUUUAAAUUUUUAGGUUGGACUCUUUUCCCUUUUCCGGUGCUCAGCUUUGCAUAGACAUCUCUUACAGUGUUUGGUUGUUUGGAGUAUGAAUAAUUGGGCCUGCAUGAUUGCUGUCCUGUGUUGUGUGCGUCUAUAUGCACAUUGUAUAGAAAAUUAAUAGUACAUA